UGCAAGAUCCAUUCAUGAAGCACUAGACAUUUUCAAGGAUUGGAAUCCCCUCUAUUGGGUUACUGAUUUCUCGGAGUCAGAGAUAAAUGCAAUUGAGCAAGCAUUCCCUCAGACAAAAGUUUACUUGUGCCUUUUCCAUCGAAAACAGGCAUGGGGAAGAUGGUUGAAAAAAAAAGGAUAAUCUACGUGUACCAAAUGACAUGAAGACAUUUCUGGAUAUGUGACAAGAAAUUUCAGAAUCACCAACAGAGAGAGAAUUUAGAGAUUUCGUAGAAGAGUUGCGAACGCAUGAGGUUUCUCGGAGAAAUGAGCAUGCAUGGCCAUAAUUUCAACAGCAAUGGCUAAUGCUAUGUGAAAGAUGGGUGAAAGCGUAUGAGGACAAUGGCAGAUUUGCAACUAUUGACAGUACAAAUGGAGUUGAAGCCAUGAACAAGGUUGUAAAACAUUUUUUCCUUAAACACAAUUCAGACAGGACUUUAACUGGGGUUACUAAGGUUAUAAUAAACCAGUUUCUUCCAAGCCUAAUUAGAAAGUACUGUCUGCAGAAUUCUGCCAUCAAAGCUUAUAACAAAGAUGUUCCACUGUUUUUGCAUAAAAAAACAAACAAGUUUGUGAAACAUGUCAUGCAGCGAUAUGCAUCAGCAAAAGUUGAGUUAACUGCAAGAUCAGUGAGUAGGAGAUCGGAUGGUUCAUUUUGUGUGGAGAGUGCAAAGUCCAGAAACUGUAAUUAUGUUGUAAACUUUGAUAUACCAGAUUGCACAUGUGAAGAUUUUCGGAGAUAUAAAUACCCAUGCAAGCAUUUCUGUGCAAUCUUUAUUUUUUACCAAGAGUGGGGUUUUGAUAAAGUGCCAGAAAGUUAUAAGACUAGUCCAUUAAUCUGUCUUGAUGAAAUGUAUGGGGUGGGCUUUAGAAGUGGCUCUUCAGUAAUUUCAUAUGAAGGCAGUAGUAGUGACGAAGCUGUUGAGGAGGCAGUUGAAGCAGCUGAGGAGGCUGUCGAGGUUGAGGAGGCUGUCGAGGUUGAGGAGGCUGUCGAGGUUGAGGAGGCUGUCGAGGCAGCAAAUACAGAUGGUGUUGUUCAAACCCAGAAUAUUCCUUUGCAGCAGUUUGAAGAAAGGGAGCUGUGUAAACAGAUUUAUAAUCUCACAUACAACUGCAGCAACAGCGAAACAUUACAAAAAGUACUUGAAUCACUGAGCAACUGUGUGCAAGAUUUGCAAUUAGCAAAUCCUGAAGUUGGUGGUCUCCCAUUAGCAGUGCCAUCAACAUCCAAACAAUAGUGAAGAAUGAUGCCAAAAGCCUUACAAGAUCUGUCUUAAACACAUUAUAACUUCCCAUUUGAAGGGUAAGAAAUGACGGUUUAUUUGAAUUUUAGAUAGCUCUUUGUCUAUGUAAAAUACAAAUAAGCUCCGUCAUUUGUGAUCCUCGAGAUGCAAUGCUAUGAGGUCUUUAUGUUGGUCUCUGCUUUUAAACUUUGUUGCACAUUUGAAUUUCGAAGUAGCAAUAGAUAAAAUAUUAUAAAAAGGAUAGUUGCUACAUUUGUGUGUGUGUUUGUGAGUGAGUGAGCGAGUGUGCGCGCGCGCUUUUGAAAAGGCCCUUGUUGCCCGAAAGAUAAGUCCGACAGUCUUUUUGUUGUGCCUUUCUGUGACUCAGCAUCUUCACCAUUUGGUGAGCAGCAACAACUAUCCUUUUCAUAAUAUUGUUACAUUCCAUCCUGGAUUUUUCGUUGUUCAUCAAAGAAAAGAUUUUUCUGAGGAAUUAAACUAGAUGGUAGUGUAGAACUUGCAAUCUUUUUAAAAUAUGAAGUAAAAAAUUUUAACUUUAAAUUAGGUUAAUUCAAAUACGGGACAAUGUUGAGAAUUGAAAAGGUGGAAAAAAUAAAUAAGAUAUAUCUUAGUGGCAUUGAGAUGUCGUAUGAGUGAUGGAGGAAAGAUUUUGCAUUUCUUUUUCCAAGUAAGAAUGCACUUGCUCUCACUUGCUUCAAUACAUGUCUAGUGAUUCACGUGAAACAGAGAAAAAGAUAGACUACCCUGUUAAUGAACAUGAGAUUUCCCAGUAUCACUCUGACAGAAGAGUAUGGUGUUUCCUUGAUAUGGUAUCUGGUCAGCAAUGUCAUUGGGACCAAAUGAAUUACUGCAGAUACCACACAGAAGCAAUUACUGUUACUGGAAUACCAGUAAUGUUUAUUAAAUUCAGUUGUAAAGUAGUUCUGGGCAUUGCAGCUGGUGAGCAAUGUCAUUGGGCACCAAAAGAAGUUCAGUUAUGAUGGAUUUCUGGCCUUCAGUCCAUGGGAAAAUUCACACCAGAUUGCAUCAAGACUGUUAUAUUCCAAGGAUAUCUUGGAAGAUUGAUAGUAUUCCUGAAGGAAAACAAUCCAUAUAGUAUUUCACGUGUGUAUCAAACUGCCAUUUGUUGUGGCACAUAAAUGUUUGCAACUUGAUUGUAAUUUUUGAACAGUUUCUCAACAAUCCAAGAAUUUCUUGUAAUGAGAAGCAGACAUUGUUGCUUGGGUAAAGGAAAUACAAAUCACGGUCAAUGUAACUACCUUAUUAACUUUCCACAGAGAAAUAUUUUUCACUACUGCUACUUAAAAAUUCAAAUGUGUGACAAAGUUUGCUUACAGAACUUGGCAUAAAGAUCUCCCUUAUUUGUAUUUUUUAGGUAGCUCUUAUUGUUUGAUCCUUCAAAUGGAAUGCUAUGACCUCCAUGUGAUCUAUUCCUUGUUGUUGUUGUUGUUGUUGUGGUCUUCAGUCCUGAGACUGGUUUGAUGCAGCUCUCCAUGCUGUUAAACGUACAGUGGUGCAUAUUCGUUUCUCUGAGAAGCCUCACUAUCUCUUCUGUAUGAUCUGUAAAUUCUCUGUUGGUGAUUCUGAAAUUUCUUGCCACAUGCCCAGAAAUCUCUUCAUGCCAUUUGGUAUUUAUUCAGCCAUCUUCCUCAAACCUGUUUGACUGAAAGGCACAAGUAAACUUUUGUCUGAGGAAAUGCUUGAUCAGUUGCGUUUAUCUCAGACUAUAAGAAAUCAGUAACCCAGUAGGUGGGAUUCCAAUCCUUGAAAAUGGCUAGUGCUUCAUGAAUGGAUCUCGCAUUUUCAACUUGAAUGAAAAAGAAAACCAAAUAACCCACAUUACUCUUUACAGCUAUAAAAAAAUAAAGGCAUAUCAUGUGUUGUUUUGUAUGUUGCAUAUAACAACUAUCCCUGUACUUCUUCAAAAGAUCUCUUUGCUAACAGCUCUGAUAGAAAAAAGUGAUGGUUUCACUCCUCCAUUGGCACCUAUACCAUGUUUGUAAUAAAUCAUGUGAUUGCUUUAUUCCUUGUGCCACUCGUCAGCAUGAUUCUGCAUUCUAGUCUCGUCAAACAAUGCUUUAUUUGUACAUUACAAGGUCCAAUAUGUGUGAAUAUAAUUUUUUUCAGUGGGGUAAAAUGUAGUAUUCAUUAUACCUGGUAUGUGUGUCCCAGUGAAAUUAUCAAUAAAUGUAUCUAGAGCCAAAUUAUUGGCUGUAUGAUGUCAUUCCAUCAUGCACCUGAAUUUGUAAUUCCUUUACAAGCUAUUGUUAGCAUGUGUGUGUGUGUGCUGAUUUGCUGGAGAAGCAGAGAGAUAGUGUUUCAGCUAUCUUUGAGACAGUUAAAGGAGGUGCUUUAGAAAUGAGUGUCCUGAUUGAUAUGAAAAACAGUUUUCAAAUUUUCUGUACAAACUAUAAACAGUUCCUCAGUUGGUGAUUGUGGAAGAGACUGCCAUAGCCGCAGUAUUGAUCCACUGUCAGGUGGUAAACCUAGGAUUUCCUUCCAGUAUGAGCCAAGUGAAGUAACACUGUGGUUGGAGAAAUGUUUUAUAUUCUUAAACUGAUUAUUUGUAACCCAUUAUGGUGGAUUGCAGUUCAUGUGUCAACACUUAAAAAUGUUUAGUUCUUCACUGAUGACACUUGAUAAAAUUUGAAUU